AUGCCUCCAGAAACACAGUCCAGCCCUCCUUUGACCCCUCCUACAAAAGAUGAGAGAGACUCAAGUUUAGUCUCGCGUGUUAUAGAGCAUAUCAAGAAUCGACGGGAGGGGCGCGACUUGACGACUUCGCCGUGGGUCGCAUAUUCGUUAAGCCUGCAAGAAUACCAAGAGCUGCAACUCGAACUUGAAAGAGACGAGUCUCUUUGGGGGUUUGUACAAGAAAAGCUCAGAUACGACUACUUUUCUUCAGCCAGUCGACUUGUUAUUCGAAGGCCCACCGCUCUCCAUGAACAGUAUAUCAUUAAUAUUGUGGAGGAGAUCCAAGCACAGUUGAUAUCUGUUCGAGAUAAUUCUGCAGAUUUUGCGAGCAAGAUCCGGUCUAGAGGACCGGCGUCCAUUAAGUCCCUCGACGAAGAGUACACCACCCACGACCCCGAUGCACAAUUUCGUCACUUGAACGCCUCGUUCCCAGGUGUCGUGAUCGAGAUUUCCUAUUCACAAAAAAGGAAGGAUCUUGGACGCCUCGCGAACGACUAUAUACUAGGAUCAGAAAGCGAUAUCCAGGUCGUUUUAGGCCUAGACAUCGAAGACAAAACUAGCAAGGUGGCAACGAUAUCUGUUUGGCGGCCGAAUAUCAUUACAAAUAGCGUUGGGAAGAAAGAACGUAUCGCUCAAUUAAUCGCCGCGAACCAUGUUCUCCGUGAUACUAAUGGCAACCCAGGUACGGGAGCCCUUCUACUACGCCUUCGAGACUUCGCCCCAGCAGCCCUGGCCGGGGCUGACUUACGCGAUCCAAUCAUCCUUUCUGUCCGCAAGCUGUGUUCGCUUCUUGACGACGCGGAAUAUGCGGUUUCUUUCGUUGGGCGGCCAAUUGGCAUCAGGGCAAAUGCCGUCGCAAGUUUCUUAUAA